AUGGCACCGUCCGAACGCAGUUUUAGGCGCUGCGCCGUAACAGAUAGCGUGCUACAGCGCUGCAUUGCCCGCCCCCCGCUGCAGUGCGUCAGCGCGGAGAUGCCAGGCAAGCUACGGAGUGCAGGCAGGGACAGAGGUACACUACAGGCUCUGUUCCUGGCUGUGCACGCUGUGCUCCAGGCGCACCUGUACCUGCGACUUGGCAGCUUGCCUUCCCUUGCCUUCUGCCCUGCUGCCAAGUAUCACCCACAACAGAGUCCACAAAAAUACGGCGCUGCAGCUGCUCCUCGAAUUCGAGUUGUCGCUGGUCUUGGCCGUCCGCUCCUUUCUUUUUUGCCUCAUUCGUUUCAUCUGCCUUGGUUCUUCUGCCCCCAGCAUUUUGCCCCGUUUGCUUUCUCAAGAUACACUAUUUAUGAAGCAGACUUUAUUCGCCCUUACGACGUCCUUUGCACACCUCCCACGACUUCGAAUCACGACUUUGUUCCGCCAUUGCGCAUCUCGCCUUUCGCAUCGCCUUUCGCGUCGUCCUAUGACCUUGACAUAUUUAUAGUUUCCAUCUUUGAGCAUAUUGCCGCUGCGCGGCUGGAGGAAUGA